CCCCGCGCGCCAGUUCGUGUCUGACAGCCAGUGCGAGUGGAACCACGAUGCUCGGCGGCUCCGCUCUCUUGCCUCUGCCGUUCCUCCUGCUGGUGCUGGGGGCAGCGGCGGGCACCGAGGCCUACUUCGCCGACUGGGGCAUGAUCGGGGGCCGCCCCCAGGAGCCCACGUGCGUCGACAUCCCCGAGUCCAUGCCCCUGUGCUCGGGCAUCGACUACAACAAGAUGCGGCUGCCCAACCUGCUGGAGCACGACACCCUGAAGGAGGCCCAGCAGCAGGCGGGCUACUGGGUGCCCCUGCUCAACCUGCGGUGCCACGCCGACACGCAGCUGUUCCUGUGCUCGCUGUUCACGCCCGUGUGCCUCGAGAGCCCCAUCUACCCGUGCAGGAGCCUGUGCGAGGCCGUGAGGAAUGGGUGCGAGAGCCGCAUGCGGACCUACAGCUUCCCGUGGCCGGACAUGCUGCGCUGCGACAAGUUCCCUCUGGACAACGAUAUGUGCAUCACCGUGCAGCACACCAAGUCGCAGAGGCCAGAGAUUGUGCAAGCACAUGCAGACACGGAAGAUGGAGAUUGUGAGGUGUGUCAGCCUGUCGAGACAUAUGAGAACAUCUUGGAUAACUUCUGCAGGGCGGCCGUAGUGGUGAAAACCCGGGUCAAGAAGCAGCGCAAGAACAAGGUCAUCUGCAAGAAGGCUCGCGUGUACAAGUCGGAGGACACGGAGGAGGCGCGUGUGGCCCUCCGACGCCCGCGGUUCUCUCUGACGGGGGCGGCGGGAUGCUGCCAGAUCCAGGCCUCGCGCACCGCCUACCUCAUCAUGGCCCAGCGGAAGGACGAUGAGCUCGUGCCCACGUUCGUCAUGCCCUUCAGGAAAUCCAAGCCCCUCCGCAUGGCCCUGAAGAAGUUCCGCAGCCUGGACUGCUCGGACCCGAAGCUGAUCGACGGCGGCUUCGACAUUCCCACGCUGAGCCAGGAGCCGCCCCAGCGGCCCUCGCACCCCAAGAGGCCCAAGACGGGCCGCAAGAAGCCCAAGGGCCGUCGAGGGCGCAAGAGGGGGCGCACGCCCCGCCCGCAGCCUUCCUCUCCCCCCGAGGGCGUGGACGGCGCUAUGGGGCCGGCCUUUCCUUCGCCCGCCUCGUACCCCACCCUCGCCAUGGCCACGCCCCCUCCGCCGUCGCCCCCGCCGUCGCCCGUGCUCGAGAGCGACCAGAGCCUGCGCUUCCUGCAGGAGAACGAGCUGGAGGGCCACACGCCGCCCUCCAUCGACCCCCCGACGCAGAACAACGACGCCGAGGAGCAGGACGACGCCGACGGAGAGGAGGCCGGCGACGCCGACGCAGAGGGCCCCGGAGGCAAGCGCCGCGGGAGGAAGCGCGGGCGGCGGCAGCGGAACAAGGCGACGAGGAGAGACAGACGCAAGAAGGACCGGAGCGGCGAGGAGGCGGAGGCGACCGCGGAGCCCUGAGGAGGGAGCGAGGGCGGGGGCGAAGGAGGGAACAGAGGCAGAAACAAAGAGAGGUUAAACAGAGACGGAGAAAAAAAUCGACCCGACGGCCAGUAAACCCAGUGACAACCUUCGAUUAUUAUCAUUAGUUCAGUUUUUUUCUGAGUGAUUAAUUAUCUUGUUGAUCAUUUUGAAUUGCUCUGAUGUUAUAACUGUGCCAUGAUCUUAUACUUGUUGUUAGAGGUGAUUUCCAAUUGUUUUCAAAAAUAUUUUGUUUAUAUUUUUUCAUGUAAAAAUAUAUUAUAAAAUCACAGAAACUGGGCGACGGAAAAGAAGAGAGAAAAUAAGUGAAUAGACAAUAGAUGUACAGCAUGUGACGUAUAAAAUGUAGAUAGGCCUAGGGAUAGCGUGUGUAAAAGAUGUUCUUUUGUUUCACUACUGUCUUUUUGGAUAUUUUUUUUUUCUCAAAAUAAACCACGCAUAAUUUCUCAGCCAAUAAUACUUCAUACAAAGCUCUUUCACACAUAGUGUAUGUUGUGACUUUUUUGUAAUGGUGUGGCAAGUGAUCUAUAUCAGGGGUCAUGCGUGUAACUCUUUAUAUUUAAAUAGAUAUUGUAAAAAAAAUGACCUUUCUAAAGACUCAAUCGGUCUUUUUUUUUUUUUUUUUUUGCUAACUGACUGACCGAAAUGAGUGAUCUAAAAAGUAGGAUUAACUUAAUUAAAAGGAGGUAAUAAUUACGGUAUAUUAUAUUCACGCUAGCUGUGUGAGGUAAAGUAUAAUUCAUAGCUCAUUGUCGUGUGCAUUUCCCUUGUCUUACUUCUAUUUUAUUGCUAUUUCAUUUUCUCUUAUACUCAUCUUCUGUUUUUCUUUUUCAUCAUCAUAGAAUUCAAACUUGAUAAUGAAUAAUUCAAAAUGUCUUUUUUUUUCACUGAGGAAUUUUUUUAGAUACUUUUUUGUGUGAUAAUAAAAAAUAAGAGGUAUUGUAGACGUAACAGUGUCAUUACAGAUAACUGUGUUUUCGGGUAUUAAACAAAGAAAUAAUUUCAUUUGAAUGUGUAGUUAUUAUUGGAUACUCUAAGAAUUAACUCGUAGGUUAUAAAUGGAAAAGGAUGUUUUUAUUGAGCCGGCAAAGUUACUGAUUGGGUAUCUGCUCCUAUGACGUCAGAGCUCCCUGAUUGGUUGAUGGGAAGUCCACUUACGUCAUCGCUAUACCGGUUUCUAUUGGUCGAUGAGGAAGGCCCAUGUCGCAUUCUGAUUGGCUGAAAGGGAGUCAUUAUUUAUGCCAGCACUGUGGCGUCUUCCGAUUGGCUACGGAGGCUAAUUAAGAUCAUUUGGAAUCGAGUUACAUGAAAUUAACCUGAGAUCUAGAAAUAGCUCAUAAAAUACAUUUCAAAAGAUGAACGAAUAGUAAAUUAAGAAAUGGGUAUACAUACAUGUACAUCAUACAGAGAUGCACACAGAUAGAGAUAUAAGAUCACCAAUGGCGAUAAUUUUCUGCAAGACAAAAGACGCUCUCUUAUCAGCCAGCAACGAAAAAUGCCGGUCAAGUGAUCGUUUCCCUCAAACUAUCGAAGAAAUGAAAUCAAGAAGUACGUAAAUAUUAGAUAAGUAAAUUUUAUAUGUAUUUAUAUAUUAAGUUUAAUAAUACCCAUAUUCCGAAAGAAAACAAAAACAGCGAUAAACACAUUAUUUUUUUUUUAAACUCGAAUAGGCUCAACAACAUUUUUUUUAUUUUAGAAGACAAAAAAAAAAAAAAAAAUGUCGAGUGACAGAAAUUAGGAAAAUGGUCCUUAUCGCAUGUCAGAUCCCUUUCCAAAAGCUUUUAAUGACACCCAUCCAUCAUUUGUUUUCCUUAAAUCAUUUUUAAACCGAGGGGAGACAGCUCCUCAUAAGUCAUAAGUCAUUGUUUAGGUGUAAGUUGGUCUCUGUUAGUUAUAGGUCAAUAAAUAUAAUUAUCA